AAACUUUGAAAACCACUGUUCGUAUCGUAGAUUUGUCAUAAUUCGACAAAAACCACUAAUCAUCACCAUCACUCUUUGUCCAAACCAACCCAUAAUUCUCAGAUCUUCCACACGAUUAUCAACAUUUUGGAUGAGACUCUGAUUUACGUCGUCUCUUGUCCUCCUUUUCCCUAUUUUUUUGAGUUUUAUCUCUUCUGUAUCAAAUGUUCGGCGAUAAGAAGAAGAAUAUUAGUAUCUUCGUAUUCUCUGCUUUAGUCAUCAUUUGCUUCAACUUAUACGGUGUAAAUGCUUUCAAAUUACCCCAAGAUGAAGUCGAUGCUCUGGAGCAAAUCGCUACCACACUGGGCUCCAAGUACUGGAAAUUCGAUGCUGAAAAUUGUAUAGUCGAAAAGGUGGGGCUAACAGAGACUCCUCCUCCGACAGCUGAGCAAGUAAUAGAGUGUGAAUGCAGUCCCACCAACGCAAAUGAUUGUCAUGUUGUGAAAAUUGCAUUCAAGGAUCAUAGUCUUCCAGGAACUCUUCCUCCUCAAAUAACUAAGCUUCCUAAACUCCGGGAGAUAGACUUAGCCUACAACUACCUCAAUGGGACUAUACCACUUGAAUGGUUUACUACAAAUUUAACACUUAUCUCUCUUCUUGUAAAUCGUCUGUCAGGGGAAAUCCCAAAAGAGUUGGGAAACUUGACUUCACUAACUUACUUGGAGCUCGAGUCAAAUGCGUUUUCUGGAACCAUUCCUCAGGAGCUUGGGAACUUAGUCCACUUGGAAAAACUGUUGCUUUCCUCCAACAAUUUGACGGGAAAUUUGCCAGCUUCAUUUUCUAAACUACAGAAUAUCACAGAUUUCAGGAUUAACGAUCUCCAACUCAGUGGAACGAUACCUAGUUACAUACAAAAUUGGAAGGAACUCCAGAGACUAGAAAUGGUUGCAUCUGGUCUCACUGGUCCAAUCCCAUCGGUCAUCUCAGUUCUGAACAAUCUUCAAAAUCUGAGGAUCAGUGAUAUAGGUGGACCAGUCCAACCAUUCCCUUCGUUAAAGAACUCAACAGAAAUUUCAAAGCUGGUAUUGAAGAACUGUAACCUUGCUGGACAAAUACCUGACUAUCUUUCCAACUUUGAGAAUCUGGAGACACUGGAUCUGAGUUUUAACAAGUUGCCUGGGGUCAUUCCAUCGUUUGCGCAUGCAGAAAAACUACGGUUUUUAAUCUUGGCUGGAAAUAGGCUCGAGGGAGAUGUUCCAGCUGACUUACUAAGGGAUGGAAUCACUGUAGAUCUUUCGUAUAAUAACCUCAAGUGGCAGAGUCCUGAGAGCCGUUCUUGUCGUCCAAACAUGAAUCUAAAUCUAAACUUGUUCCAGAGCACUUCGACAAAAGAAUCAAGCAAGUUUCUGCCUUGCAUUGACGAUUUCAAAUGUCCUCAAUAUUCGAGUUGUCUCCAUGUAAACUGUGGUGGAAGCGAUCUAACGUUGAAUCAAAACAAAACCAAAAUCUUAUAUCAAGGAGACGGAGAAGCUGAAGGUGGUGCUGCUAAGUAUUACCUGAAGCGCAAUGAUUAUUGGGGAUUCAGCAGCACAGGGGACUACAUGGACGACAACAAUUUCCAAAACACUAGAUUCACAGUCUUUGUCCCGGCAUCUAACCUGUCUGAUCUGUACAAAUCAGCACGGAUAGCUCCAGUGUCUCUCACUUACUUCCACGCCUGCUUGGAAAAUGGAAAAUACACUGUGAACCUAGACUUUGCUGAGAUGAGAUUCACCAACGAUGAAACUUAUAACCGGCUUGGGAGGCGUGUGUUCGACAUUUACAUUCAGGAGGAACUAGUAGUGAAGGACUUCAAUAUCAUGGAUGAAGCAAAGGGAGCUCAAAAACCUAUAACAAAAACAUUCUCUGUCAAUGUCACUAACCAUAUUUUAACUAUCCGGUUGAGUUGGGCUGGUAAAGGAACCACCAGGAUUCCCACUAGAGGGGUGUAUGGUCCUCUCAUAUCCGCCAUUUCCAUAGUUUCAGAUUCUAAGCCGUGUGCAUCUCCUGGAAGUGGAAUGAGUCUGGGAGCAAAAGUUGCAAUUGGACUUGGAUUCCCAUGUCUUAUUCUCUUUAUACUGGGUGUCCUUUGGUUCUUUGGCUGCCUUCCAAAACGUUGGCAGCAACGAAAAGAUCCUAAUGAGGAAGAUUUGCCAUCUGGAACGUUUACGUUAAGGCAAAUCAAAUUUGCUACAGAUGACUUCAAUCCAGCAAACAAGAUUGGAGAAGGUGGUUUCGGUGCUGUGUUUAAGGGUGAGUUAUCAGAUGGAAGAGUUGUAGCAGUGAAGCAGCUUUCAUCUAAAUCAAGACAAGGGAACAGAGAGUUUCUAAACGAGAUUGGCGCAAUCUCUUGUCUUCAGCAUCCAAACCUCGUCAAGCUUCAUGGCUUCUGCGUUGAGCGGUCUCAGCUAUUGCUGGUGUAUGAAUACAUGGAGAACAACAGUUUGGCUCAAGCCUUAUUCAGUCCAAAGCAUAAACAGAUACCACUGGACUGGCCUACAAGGUUUAAGAUUUGCAGUGGGAUUGCAAAAGGUCUAGCGUUUCUCCAUGAGGAAUCACCGUUGAAGUUUGUACACAGAGACAUCAAGGCCACUAAUAUUUUACUGGACAAGGAUCUAACGCCCAAGAUAUCUGAUUUCGGAUUGGCUAGGCUUGAUGAAGAGGAGAAUACACACGUCAGCACCAAGGUCGCUGGGACUAUAGGAUACAUGGCACCGGAGUAUGCACUGUGGGGUUACUUAUCUUUCAAAGCAGAUGUCUACAGCUACGGUGUCUUGGUUCUAGAGAUCGUCGCUGGCAUAAGCAACAGUAGUUUCAUGGCGGCAGGAGAUGACGUCUGCCUCUUGGAAUGGGCUACUGAUUUGGAAGAGUCAGGGGACUUGAUGCAAGUUGUGGAUGAGAGAUUGAGACAUGAAGUGGACAAGAAAGAAGCAGAGACUUUGAUAAAAGUGGCUCUCGUGUGCACGAGCGCUUCUGCGUCGGAUCGUCCUAUAAUGUCAGAGGUGGUUGGUAUGCUGGAAGGUCACUAUCCAGUGCCGGAAUCAACACCGGGAACAAGCAGGAGAUCAGGGGAUAUAAGGUUUAAGGCGUUCAAAGAUGUAAGGAAAGGCGUGGAGGAGAGCAACAGUAAGACUCAGCUUUCUACUAAUAGUUAUCCUUCUUCUUCCUCCUCUACUCAUGUGGCUGGACAAGAAAGAAAGCAAGAUGAGUCAAAGACUUGAAGAUGUUUCCAACUUGAUGUCUUCUCUCUGUUUUCUUUUCUUGUAAAAUGAUCUGACUGUUAAUUUUGUAAAAAUGGGUUGGAAUUUUAUUACACGAUUAGUCCAUUUACUGUAUUUUUUUUUUGUAUCUAUUACUACUAAAGCUUUGAUUA